GGCAAAUGGGACCAAUGUGUCGUCUUCUGUGCUGGAUCAUGACCAUCUCACAUAGCUCAGGCUGGCGCGAAUUAAUAUUCUCAAUUGCGCAAACCCCCUUUUUCUAGUGUGCGACCGUCUAAUGUGCCGAGGUGCCAACAGCACGGCUAUCACUUGCUAACAGCUCGGUGCUCUGUCUAGCUCAUACUUACAAGUGUCUUGUCUACUUUUCUCGGUCGCAAUUGCCGCGACGGCAAAAAAAUGGCCUCGGAGGUGCUGCCACAGGACUUCAAAAUCAUAUCGUCUCUACGCUACGAUCCUGCUCUUUCAACGAUAGGCAAGCGAGCAGCGGCUAGAACAACACCCGAUCCAUUGACCACACCGUAUUAUCUCCUCCCUUACCAUCAAGAACGCCUUCGAAAUGCAGCGGCAUGUUUCAGCUGGGGAAAGGCUCUCGCCUUCCUGAAACAAGACACGAAUCAGUUCGUCGAGUUUCUUAACACCUUCAUUCCGGACAACACCAAGCCAUGGCGCCUCCGAAUUCUCCUCGAUAGCACGGGCACUUGCGAGGUUGAGGUCAACCCGACGACGUCAAUGAAUCCGCUGAAUUAUCUAACUCCAACCGAAACGAACCUUCAGUCCACUGCCUGGCGUGUAUACAUCGAUUCCGAACGCAUAUCCCCAUCCGUUUUCACCACACACAAGACUACGGCUCGCGACUUCUACACAGCUGCACGACUCCGAUCGGGAAUAGUUUCUUUUGUAGAGCCUGCGGAAGUUCUUCUGGUAAACCCGGCGGGUGCGAUCAUGGAAGGAAGCAUUACAACACCAUACUUCAGGCGACGAAAUACGACGGAGGGGGAGGGAAAGCCAGCUUGGAUUACACCGCCGCUUUCCAGCGGUGGCAAUGCGGGUACAACGAGACAAUAUGCUUUAGCACAGGGAUUCUGCGCUGAGGAUACAAUUGCAGCUACUGACCUAGUGGAUGGCGAGGAGUGCUGGCUCAGCAAUGGUGUCCGAGGUUUCAUCCGCGGCAAGAUUAAAACCAAGAGGACUACUAAGUACUACAUGAUGAUUGGCCAGACGGGAGACAAUCAGAUGAUGCACCGGCCCAUCCCCGCAUUACCAAACAGGCUUAGCGGCGAGCGGCCAGAAGCUGACAGAAAUUCUUCCCACAUCCCCAACGCCACCCUUUGGUGUGACUUCCUCAUUCCAAUUAUCCGAUUCACUCUGUAUGCAUCAUUCGCAAUUAUGAAAUUCUUCGAGAAUGUCUUCACCUACGACUAUUCCUUCCCGGCCGUGUCGCUGGCCUACUUCCUUCGCUAUCCCAACCCGUAUUCUCGCCAUGUGCUGACCACCGAUGUCAUUGACCGUUAUGUCGAUCCGACGACUCAGCGUCUCCACACCACUCGCCUCCUCCUCAAGAAAUCCAAGGUCCCCUCGGGAAUCCUCAAACUCCUCCCCAAAGGGAUUGGCGGCUCAGACAAUUCCGGCCAGAGCUAUAUCCUCGAAACGACUGUUGUGGACGCCAAAGAGGGCUGGAUGCAGACGGAAUCUCGUAACAUGGAAUGGACUGGGAUAUUGAGCGUGGUCGAGAAGCAAUUCUACCAGCGUCAGCCCGAAGGUCCGCUCGGCACCCUGGAAGGGCUUUCCCUCGAUGACAAGAAAAGCGAGCAGACUACGGUGCGCACUACAGUCACUUUCCGCUCUAAAUUCGGGCAAGGAAAACUGCUAGGCAGAAGGAAGACGGAGCCGAGUAGCGAUCACACUGGGGAUUACGAAGAAGAAGCUCCAAAAAGAGGCCUUUUCACCUCCCUGUCCACUGCGGGAAUCCAACGCACGAUUGAGCUGAUUGGAUUGAACCGCACUCGGGAUGCCGUGCUUAAGAGUAAGCAGGGUAUGAACGUGGUCCUUGAGCGCUUGCGCAAUGGCGGUAUCGUAGGUGUUCUCGAAGGGAUGCGUCAAGAUCGGGAAGCAGCGUUCGGGCCUGAGGGCGGUCCCUGGAAGCGAGUUUGGCUAUCCGGCCAUGGGCACGCGUCUAUUCAAGAUGACGACAAUUGAUUUCGAACUUUUCAUCGAUUUGGAGAAAAGGCGACCAACACGGGAAAUAUAUGUGCGACAUUCAAGCGUGGAGCUCUGGCGUUUUUGGGGGAUUCUCAUUUCUUUCUUGCUUUUGACGGACAAUCUCCUACCCUUCUGAAACUUUUCUUCUUCCUUUCAUUCAGGGUUAUACUCUGAAAUUUCUGACUAUUUUGACACCUGCAUAUUAUCUCACCAUGUAUACAACGAGAAACGUCACGGAUCAAAACCUUGUGUAUAUUAGGAAAGGGCGGCCAGUCGGAUACUCUUGCUGAAUUCGGUUGCACCUCUGUACAAUAUCGAUGCAAUUCACAUUUACUUCUUUC